AGCAAGGUAUUGGGGCAGAACAAGGCUGAGAAAAGCCAGUGGAAAUGAAAAGCCUCCCAGUCCUCCUGUUGCUGUGUGUGGCAGCCUGCUCGUCCUAUCCACUGCAUGGAGCUACAAGGGGUGAGGACACCAGCAUGGACCUCCUUCAGCAAUAUCUAGAAAACUACUAUGGCCUUGCUAAAGAUGCAACACAAUUUGUUAAAAGAAAAGAUAGCAGUCCUGUUGUCAAAAAAAUCCAAGAAAUGCAGAGGUUCCUUGGGUUGGAGAUGACUGGAAAGCUCGACUCCGGCACUAUGGAAGUGAUGCGCAAGCCCAGGUGUGGUGUCCCCGACAUUGGUCACUUCAAUACCUUUCCUGGCACGCCAAAAUGGGGGAAAACCCAGCUUACUUACAGGAUUGUGAAUUACACACCGGAUCUGUCAAGAGAGGCUGUUGAUGCUGCCAUUGGGAAAGCUUUGAGAGUCUGGGAGGAGGUGACUCCCCUCACAUUCUCCAGGAUCUAUGAUGGAGAGGCUGACAUAAUGGUCUCCUUUGCAGUGGGAGAACAUGGAGACUUUAUUCCUUUUGAUGGGCCUGGAACAGUUCUGGCUCAUGCCUAUGCACCUGGGCCAGGACUUAACGGAGACGCUCAUUUUGAUGAUGAUGAACAAUGGACAGAGGAUACAACAGGGACCAAUUUAUUCCUGGUUGCUGCUCAUGAACUUGGUCACUCCCUGGGUCUCUUUCACUCAGCUAACCCUGAAGCUUUGAUGUACCCAGUGUAUAAGUUCUCUCAGAACAUGGCCCAGUUCCGCCUUUCUCAAGAUGAUGUGAAUGGCAUUCAGUCUCUCUAUGGAUCUGCCACUGUCUCUCCUGACCACUCUGUGGCACCCCCUGAAUCUGGCCCUCCAGAAUCUGCCACACCAACCAUGUGUGAUCCUGCUCUGACCUUUGAUGCAGUUACCACCCUGCGAGGAGAAGCCUUGUUCUUUAAAGACAGGUACUUUUGGCGCAAAUCUCUCAGAACUCAUGAACCUGGGUUUUAUUUGAUCUCUUCAUUUUGGCCUUCCCUUCCUUCAAGUAUAGACGCUGCAUAUGAAGUAGCUGGCAAAGACACUGUUUUCAUUUUUAAAGGAAAUCAGUUCUGGGCCAUCAGAGGACAUGAGGAACAAUCAGGUUACCCAAAAAGCAUCUACACACUGGGUUUCCCUGCAACAGUCAGGAAAAUUGAUGCAGCCAUUUCUUCUAAGGAAAAGAAGAAAACAUAUUUCUUCGUGGGGGACAAAUAUUGGAGAUUUGAUGAGAAGAGACAGUCCAUGGAGCCAGGGUUUCCCAGGAAGGUAGCAGAAGACUUUCCAGGGGUUCACUCACAGGUUGAUGCUGUGUAUGAAGCCUUUGGGUUUUUCUAUUUCUUCAAUGGAUCGUUGCAGUUGGAGUUUGAUCCAAAUGCAAAGAAAGUGACCCAUUUUUUGAAGAGCAACAGCUGGUUUAAUUGCUAGGAGAGAUGGGAGGAACACACGUUGUACAUUUUAAGUGAACUCACAGGUUUUGAUUGAAGUCUUUGUGAACUGAAGUGAUUCAUUUUCUCUGGUGAGUGCUACAACAGACCCAGCCUCGUGUUAUUUAUUCAAGCACACUCCAAAGGGCUGCUUUGCUGGUACAUGGCCACGUGAAGUAAUCUUCCACAAGAGGAGGAGAAGCCCUCAUGGGCAAUAGACAAUGACUUAU